AUGUCCCAAUAUCCUCCUGGCAACUUCCCACCACCACCUGGGUUCGUGAUCCCCCCGUUCCCUGGGUCAACCGCCGACGCCGCUAAAGCUAUGCCGCAGAUACCGGGUGCUCCGACCGCGGUUCCGCCGCCGUUCAUGGCACCCGGCGCAGUCCCGUUCCCGCUGCCGAUGAUGCCAUUCCCGCCGGGAUCUGUGCCGCCCGGAGGCCCAGGUGCGUUCCCCCCACCACCAACCCUCUCGAGCCAUCUUCCUCCUCCUUUGGUUGCUGGAAACCCCGUCGGUAGCAAUAACAUGAGCAACAGCAGCAACGACCGGAAACCGGACGCGAUCUCUGCCGCGCUGGCAAACAUGCCGAUCGUGAACAUCAAGUUCUCGUUUCUAACAGACCCGGCAAUCAAGCAGCCUACGGUCGACGAGCAAAACCGGACGAUCUUCAUCGGCGAGGUGCCUGACGAGCUUGACGAUUUCUGGCUCGGCAGGGUACUCAAGACCUCUGGUGAGAUUGCUUCUUGGGUGCGCAUUAAAGACUCAUUAGGAAAGCCAAAGCCCUGCGCGUUAGUCGAGUUUGAAUCCAUCGCCGCGCUGAGCAACGCGGUCAAGGUUCUGCAGGAGGUAGUGAUUCCCGGCGUUGAGGUUGAAGAAGGCGAGGCGGUUGAGGACGAGGAGAACGCACCGGUACUACGGAAACCUAGCAAGUUGCGAAUCACAUACUCGGACGAGACGAAAGAUUUAAUAGCUGAGCUCGUCAAUUCACAGUCAUCAUCAUCAUCUUCAGCAGCAGAAAACAAUAACGACGACGCCAGUCCGACGCUGCUGGACGCGAGCACAAUCAAAAAGACAGCCGAGGAAAUCGAAGAGUUAUUACAGACAUGGCUGGAACCAAAGUCCAGGAACGAGUACAAGGAAAAAUACAUCGCAGAGCAUCCCGACGAAGAGCGCGAGGCAGCGACGUUUGAUUUCUCGAAAUCGUCAACGAUCAAGCCCGACGACGAAGAGCUCGCGGAUCUGCCUCCCGAGCAGCGCGCGAUCGUCAUCCAGGAAAUCACGUCGUUCCGAGAACGCGCGAAUCAGCGGGAACGCGAGCGGAUCAAGCGCGAGGAAGAGGUUGAAAAGCAGCGGUUGGCGCGGAUGCAGGAAGAAAAGAUGAAAAAGAGUCGCGAGCAGCAGUCGAUGUCGCCGAUACCGUCGCACCACGGGAAUAGCUCGGGCACGAGUUCUCGUGGAGUUACGUCGCUGAUGUACUCUGAGCCGCUAGACUUUGUCAAACGCAAGGGAGCGAAAGACGACGAGGAAGAAGAAGAAGACGUGCUGGGAUCGGACGGCAGACCGCUGACUGAUGAGGAAAUCGAGGAGCGCCGGAAGGAUAUGCAUGAGGACGACUUGGAAGCCCAGUUCAUUGAGCGCGAACGACGGUAUAUGCGGGAAGAACACGCGCGGAUAGCCAACGCAGAGCGCGAGGUUCGUCGCGAACACGAAGACAAAGAACGGUACGCGCAUAACCGCGAGGCGCUGCUCAAGCGUUAUGCGGAGUGGGACGACGACGAAGAGGCCGACGCACGCAAGGAGGAGUACUAUCGCGAUCGGUCUGCGUGGCUUCGUGCGCGGGCGAUGUUCCGAACUAGGGAAGCUGAGGAAGAUGCGCGCGAGGCAGAGUUUGAGAGACGACAAAAGCGCGAGGCUGAGGCUGCUUCGGGAGGUGAUCAGAAGGGCGAUGCGACAGGAUUGGUGGACUCGUUCUUGGAUAACUUGAAGGUCAGGUUGCCGGAGAAGAAAGAAGAACUACGGCGCGAUGCUGGUCCUAUCCGCGUAUCUUUCAAGAAGGAAGAGUCUGCCUCUACAGCUGCUGCUCCAUCCUCCUCUUCAUCCUCUGCAGCCACACCCAAGCUUUCAGAAAACAAACCAAUCUCGAUCGGUCUCGCGACCAAGCCCGGUGUCGCGAAACCCGCCGCGGCGCCGUUCAAGCUCGGCGCGACGAAACUCGGCGCGGCGAAGAAGGCAGACGGAGGUGCGGUUCGUCGACCGGCUGCGCUGGGGGAUGACGAAGACGAAGAGCAGGGGAAGAAGAGACGGAAAUUGAUUCCGCUUUCGUAUGAUAAGCUGAAGGAGGAGGAGGAGUAG